AAGGAAGUUGUUAAUAAUGAAAAUUCCUCAUCUAUAUUCCUGGUGUCUUUACUUGCACAACAAGCUCUCAAGAUGAAGUUUUCUGUGUGCCUUGUGAUUCUGAUCUCAAAUGCUGCAGCAAUUCAAGAUCUUUCGGGAAAAAUGUUUACGUUUCCUCAAGAAACUAACUCUGCUCAUGUGAGGCUGAGUACAUCCAAAAACAGCUUCAGUGCUCUGACCGUCUGCCACAGAUCAUUCACUGAUCUUAAUCGGGACCACAGCCUCUUCUCGUUGGCUCUGCCCUCUAAUGCCAAUGAAUUUGUGUUCUUUUUCAAUUAUAACCUCAAUGAAAUGCAGUCCUAUGUGAAGACUGGUGUAGUUGGGUACAGAGGCGUAGACUACAAACCCAACCAGUGGCACUCCAUCUGCACCACCUGGGAGUCCAGCACUGGUCUGGUGCAGCUCUGGUUCAACGGACAGCCCCUCAGCCGCAAAUAUGUCUCUGGAGGACAAGCUGCUAUGUCUGGAUCCCCAAUUAUCAUUUUAGGACAGGAGCAGGAUGCCUAUGGAGGAGGCUUUGACAUAACCCAGAGUUUCAUAGGAAUGAUGACUGAUGUGCACAUGUGGGACUAUGUGCUCUCGUCCUGUGAGAUCCAGAAGUAUAUGUCCGAGCUCAGCUUCACUCCAGGGAACGUUCUCAACUGGGCAGCUCUGGACUUCCAGAUCAACGGCCGAAUCCUGAUCGAGAACAAACAAAUGCACUGUCAGUAAACUUUACACAGGCCUGAGAUGUGUCGAGGUAUGAGUACAUGUGUGUUAUUUUUGGGCCUUUUUUUCUUUUACAUUCUGCAUUAUUUAGGCUUUUGACUGCCAUAGUGUUGAGUAAUCUAUCUAUUGUAAUGGUGUGUUGUUUUUUUUGUUUUUCUGUAUUUUGUACUAUAUCAAAUACAACUGAAUCGUGUGAACUUUUAGUCAUGUUAUAAUGCUGUUACCUCAUCAAAAAUGUACCUGAAGUUGUGCUUUAUUUCAUUCAUACAUGUUUAGUCCUGCAUUAUUGGACUGUCUACAUCUUCCAAGUUCAAAACGCUGUGUUCCACCUCGUGAUGUCAUUAAGUGGGAGUUUUAAAGUUAAUAGCUUCAACUGAACUUCUGCCAUUGCCUUAAAACAAACAAACAAAAAUGUUUUGUUCAGUUGAGAUUUCCACAGAAAGUCUAAAACAAUUAGCUGUGGGUUCAAAGUUUGGCGACUCCUGGGCCUGUUUAAAACAAAAUGCAGCGCUUCUUGUAUUACCACUUCAUGACAUCACAAGGUGGAACAGACUGUUUUCAGUUUGGGACAAAAACUCAGCCUAAAUAUGCAGAGUUUGUGCGUUAAACAUGUGUGAAUGAACCAAAACACAACUCCAGGUCUGUUUUUGAUGACGAAACAUUAUAACAUGCACUGGAAAAUUGUGUAAUAUGGGACUUAAAGAGGGAGAUAAAAAUGAAACCAAAAACAAAACCUGAUACUCCAACUCCUGUUUGGGCACAUAAAUGUAAUAAUAUUAUUUAGUGGUUGGUGUUGGCUGAGAACAUCUCAUCAUCUCAUAUAAACUGUUCAGUAGUUAUGUGAAGGAUAAAUAACUUACAAAGCACAGUUAGAUCAGUUGACCUACAGAGACAUUUGGAUCAGUUUAGCAUUUUAUUAGUGUUUUAAAGAAAUCUAUAUAUUUUUCCAGUUUCUGCUCUAGUAUCAGUUGAUUUCAGGCAUUGGCAUUUACCAAAGCCAAUAUCAGUACUGGAACUGAUAAAACUUGUGCAUCUCUACUGUUCUUUAAAUAUAAAUAAAUCAAAAAAAUUUGUUUAUAAUUCCAUCUACUUUGUCCAGUUACUUGUUAGUUAGACAAGAGAAAAAAUAAAUGUUUUAUAGUAAAGGUAAAAUAUUUUCUUCAAAUCAUGACUUUAAUCUCUCUACAUACGAUGUAGUUACUUUAAGUGGAUUCUUGUUGUUUUUGGAUGAAUCAAUAAAUCCAUAAUCUCAACGUGUGCUCCAAGCAUGAGAGCACA